UUCCAAGCAGAUCCACUCGCCCCCCAGUAACCGUCUGCUGCCAUGGAUUGGAAGCGGCGGCGUACCUUACCUUCCUCGAGUGUGAAGACGGUGGCGAUCGUGGGAGGCACUCAUGGCAAUGAAACCAACGGAGUGCACCUGGCGAAGCACUUCAUGAGGAACCCUGCGCUGGUGAAGCGUCCGUCCUUCGAGACCGAGGUCCUCCUGUCCAACGUGGCAGCGAUUCAGCAAAACACCCGCUACGUGGAGGAGGACUUGAACAGAUGCUACUUGCUGGAAGACCUACAGAACGAUGCAAAGUCCACGUCGACUCUGGAGCGCAAGCGCGCUCGGGAGGUGGAUGCCCAGUUGGGCCCCAAAAGCAGCUCCGAGCCCAAGUGCGACUUCAUCAUUGACUUGCACAACACCACGGCCGCCACGGGCGUGGCGUUGCUGAUGGCACCGAACGAUGAGUUUGCCCAUGAGGUUGCCCACCACUUGAUGUCUUUGGAUGAGACCGUCAGGGUGGUGGAAUGGAACGAUCAGGCGGAUUGGCCCCUGUGCCCCUCGAUUGGCCGCAGUGGCCUCACCUUUGAGGUGGGCCCGUGCCCUUGGGGAUGUUUAGAACCAGAGCUCUUCCAGCAAUCUCGCAGGCUGGUGAUGGCCUUGCUUGAUUACGUCGAGAAGCACAACAGCUUGGUCGCCUCCGGGUCCCCCACACGCCAGGAGGUGUCCAUGAAGGUCUUCCGCUCCAUCGGUGUCUCCAUCGACUACCCGCGCGCCGGCGAGGACCCCGUGGGCCACGUGCAUCCGGCCCUGCAAGGCCAGGACUUCCGGGAGCUCCAAGAGGGUUCCCUGGCCGAUCCAAGGAGUUCCCCCAAUUUCCCACCCAACGAGCGAGCGGUGGACGAGACGAACGUCAGAGGAACGUGUUGGGACGACCAGAGAGUGACCCGAUCUUCAUGACCUUUGAUGGGGAGGAGAUGACGUUUGACCGGAAAGCUCACAAGGUGCCUGAGAAGUACGAGAGAGUCUACGCCUUGUUCGUGAACGAAGCGGCUUACUAUGAGAAGAAGGUUGCCCUGAUGCUAAUGAGCUGCGGAGAGGCGACUUUCUCCAAGCUAGCGAGCUGAGAGCACGGUGGCCGCGCGGCCACCUGUGUGUGCGGAACGGGCAAUUUUCGGUGACAGCACAACGGGCAAUUUUCGCGAAA